AUUCUAAUGUUAAAACCUUAUGCUUAGGAAUCAGGCGCAGGGGUGCCUGUUAUGCAAUGUGUUAUUGUCUUGCUGAGUUAUCUGGAAUGGGCGACGAGGUGGUGCUUUCUUACAAGGACGUUGUACUGAAGAAAUCAGAUUUGGAGUUGUUGGAAGGACCCUAUUAUCUUAAUGAUCAGAUUAUUGGGCUUUAUUUCAGUUAUUUGUCUUCUUUGCUGGAUUCCCAAGACAUAUUGCUUGUACCACCUUCAGUGUCCUUUUGGCUUGCCAAUUGCUCGGAUCCUGAGUCUGUCAAAGAUUUUGCAGAACCUCUCAAAUUUUCGUGCAAGAACUUGGUAGUUUUGCUGUGAAUGACAAUGAUGACCUUGACGGAGCUGAAAGCGGAUCGCACUGGAGCCUGCUUGUUUUUUAUAGAAGGAUGAAUGCCUUUUUCCAUCAUGACAGCAUGGAGGGAGUUAAUGGUUCGCAUGCCUUGAAAUUGUUUGAUUCUGUUAAGGGAUUUAUGGGCACUGAUUCGUUAGAACCAUCUCCAUCAAAGUUGUCCUCAAAAGGCAGAAGUAAGAGGAAGAAGAUUUCGGGUUCAGAGACCGAAGUUCUGGCAGCCCCUCUAUCCUUCAUGGAAGGCUCUACACCACAACAAACCAAUGGAUAUGACUGUGGUCUUUAUGUUAUGGCUAUUGCGAGGAUAAUCUGUCAGAGGCAUGCAAAAACUUCCAAGGGCAGCAUUGAGAGCUGGUUUUCUGCUAUAGAAAAGCAUGUCACUCCAUCUGUGGAAAUGACUAUGCGAAGUGAGGUGAUGGGUCUUAUACAGGAUCUUAGGAACAAGGACUGAAAUGUUGUUGCUUAUCCCCUUUCAGGUUGUAUGUCAACAAUUUUUGUGCAUUAGUUUAGAUAUAUGUCAAUUUAGGUGGUAUGUUAGGCAUCUCUUUUGCAUUCUGCCAGCAAUUUUUUCAGAGCUGUUUCAUGGACUAAUCUCAACUAGGGUACUGGGGAGCUGUUCUUCUCUAGUUUCUUUCUCCCUACCUAGUUGUCCACUUGUUUGUAUCUUUAGUGGCACAUCCCUUAUCUUCAUUUAUUGUAUCUAUUCUCUAUCUCGUUAUAUAAUUUUUCAUUUAUCCGAAAAAUUUGGAUUUGGUCU